UGGAUUUUGUCCGAGGAUUUGCCCAAUUUGCUGCAUAUCCAGUGACUGCGAGUUCCCUGGGCGGAGUUGCGUCAAAUGUGUGUCAUCACUUGAGAUUUUUUUUUUACCACACAAACUUUUUUUCUCGCGUUUUUUCAUAUAAUAGCACGAUGCUUUCCCGUGUGUUUACUCGGGCUUUUUCUACUUCCUCUACUCAAAAAAUGAUUGUUAAACCUGUUCCUUGCUUCUCUGACAACUACGCUUACUUGCUUUUGGAUGAAAGCAGCAAAAAAGCUGCGGCCGUCGAUCCAGUAGAACCCAACAAAGUUUUGGAUGCUUUGAAAGAAUAUCCGGACUAUCAAUUAGUUAGUAUCUUAACGACUCAUCACCAUGCUGACCACGCUGGCGGAAACAAAAAAAUGUUACAACUCCAUCAAGAUUUAAAAUGCUAUGGUGGUUCGGAGCAAGUGCAGGGUGUCACGGAUAUUGUGAGAGCCGGGGAUAAACUGGAGAUUGGUCACCUUCAAAUUCAACCGAUGCCGACGGCCGGUCACACAAUGGAUCACGUCUGCUACCAUGUCAAGGACAAGACAGGAGAUGCCGUUUUCACUGGUGACUGUUUGUUUUCAUCCGGGUGUGGUCGCUUUUUCGAAGGUUCACCAUCCGACAUGUGGAAGGCUCUUUCGGCUUUAAUGGAGUUGCCUGAUGAAACCAAGGUUUACUUUGGUCACGAAUAUACGCGAGCCAAUUUAAAGUUUGCACGCACGGUGGAACCUGACAACAAGGAGAUGCAGGAAAAAUGGGAAUGGGCCCAAAAGACCGAAUGCACAACUCCUUCCACAAUCAAAAAUGAGAAGCUUACCAAUCCUUUCCUUCGUGUGGAAGCCCCUUCCGUACGUCAAGCUGUCUUGAAGUCCGACAAACCUGCACCUGCACAGGAAGUGUUGGGCUUAUUGCGUAAAAUGAAAGAUCGCUCUUAAAAUUGUACAACAUAAGCUAAUAAACAGAAAAACGAUUUCGUCCAACAACUUUCCAUCCAUUUUCUAAUAGCA